GUUCUGUUUAUGACUCGGUCAUUUUUGUUGCGACUGUAAUUGAACAUGUCGCACAGGAAGUUCUCUGCUCCCCGUCAUGGGUCUAUGGGGUUCUACCCCAAAAAGAGAUCCCGCCGUCAUCGUGGUAAAGUGAAGGCAUUCCCUAAGGAUGAUCCUAGCAAACCAGUGCAUUUAACAGCUUUUAUCGGUUACAAGGCUGGUAUGACCCACGUGGUACGUGAACCCGACCGUCCUGGAUCCAAGAUUAACAAGAAAGAAAUCGUGGAAGCUGUCACUAUUAUAGAGACUCCACCCAUGGUAGCAGUUGGUGUGGUAGGCUACAUUGAAACUCCCCAUGGCCUCCGAGCUCUGCUCACUGUAUGGGCUGAGCAUAUGUCUGAGGAUUGCCGACGCCGGUUCUACAAGAAUUGGUACAAGUGCAAGAAGAAGGCAUUCUCAAAGGCCAGUAAGAAGUGGCAAGAUGAGCUGGGCCGUAAGUCCAUCGAAAAAGACUUCAAGAAAAUGAUCCGCUACUGUAGUGUGGUCAGGAUCAUUGCACACACCCAGAUGAAGUUGCUAAAGCAACGUCAAAAGAAGGCACAUAUUAUGGAAAUCCAAAUCAAUGGUGGAUCCAUUGAAGACAAAGUCAAAUGGGCCCGUGAACAUCUUGAAAAGCCUAUACCCAUUGACUCUGUAUUUGCCCAAGAUGAAAUGAUUGACUGCAUUGGUGUCACCAAGGGCAAGGGUUACAAAGGCGUGACUUCACGUUGGCACACCAAGAAAUUGCCACGUAAGACACACAAAGGUCUUCGUAAGGUUGCUUGUAUUGGAGCAUGGCAUCCUUCCCGAGUCAGCUUCACGGUUGCUCGUGCUGGUCAGAAGGGGUACCAUCAUCGUACUGAAAUGAAUAAGAAAAUUUAUCGCAUUGGUCAAGGAAUUCACACUAAGGAUGGGAAAGUCAUUAAAAACAAUGCUUCAACUGAAUACGACCUGUCAGAGAAGAGUAUCACUCCAAUGGGCGGCUUCCCUCAUUAUGGCGAAGUUAAUAAUGACUUUGUUAUGAUAAAGGGUUGUUGCAUGGGACCUAAGAAGCGAGUGAUUACCUUGAGAAAAUCUUUACGAGUCCACACGAAGAGAGCGGCCCUUGAGAAGAUAAACUUAAAAUUCAUCGACACGUCAUCCAAAUUUGGUCACGGUCGCUUCCAAACGCCGGCUGAUAAAGCAGCCUUCAUGGGUACACUCAAAAAAGACAGGAUUCGUGAAGAAGCUGCUGCUACCACUACGCCAGCUGCUGCUCCACAGUCUUAAAUAUUUUUGAACUGUGAAUAAAUAUGAAAACUUACCAAAUGUUUUAUUCAUAUACCAUAGAAUGGGCGUUGCCUUAGGGUUAUUUAUACUCGCGCAGAGUCGAAGCGCAUCGAAACUUAAAUUGUUCACAGCUAAAGCAAAGUUGUACGAAUACGCUUUUAACAGCAGUGCUAUUGCACAGGCUUAGUUCCGACUGAUGACGCGUAGGUUCGUUAGUGAGCGCGCGGAUUCGAGAGUGCGCGCCAAUCAACGUUGGUCACGCGCAGACGCGCGAAUUCCGUCGAAUGAGCGCUCGCGUCUUUUUUAAAUCUGAAGUAAUGUGUCCAGUCUAUAGAUGUAAGGCUGGUUUAAAACCAAUUAAACCAAUCUGUUUAAAACGAAAAAAACCGUUAAAACCGAAAUCAACCAUUUUUUUGGAUUUAAAACGGUUGGUGUUGAUGACUAUGUUUUUCUACCUAAGUUAUAAAAACUCUUAUCAUAAGUUAAAAAAAAUC